AUGUCGCCACUGGCCUCUCCUCGACCCAAUACCUGCGCCCGAACGUCCGUCUCGCGCCAAAGUCUCGGCCGCCCAAUACGUAUCGAGCUGCUAUCGCUAUUCUCGCUCCUUCUUCUGCUGAGUUAUGUCGGUAUCUUCGUAUCCCUUUGGUUCGACGCUGCGUUCGUAAGCGGUUACGUACGGCCAUUUCUGCCAACUUUUGUCCCAAGUUUCGACGGCCACGUACCGUUCCUCAACGCUUCGGUACUUUUUGUAGCCAUCUUCGUACCAGUCACAUGGCUCCUGUCGAAGUUGCGCUUCACGAGGACGUCCACUGAUUGUUCGUCCCGAGCAGAUGUUGCGCUGGAACUAUUACGAGUCGCCAAUUGCGUUCUCCUGAGCAGUGCGCUCACUGUGUUCUUGACCGAAUGUUUCAGCACGAGGGCUCUAGUGGCCUUUGGGACUUGCUGCUAUGCCUCGUGCAUGCUCGUGUACUCGUGGAGUUUAAUACUGUGGAAAUGGACUCGAGGCGAAGUGCACCGCAAAGGGGGCGUCCUGACUCUGCUUCCCCGCUGGCUGCAAAAGCUGUUGUUCCAUACGUCCCUGUUCGAGUGGCUCACGGAUUCCAGCUUGUCCGACGCUGUUGCCCCGUAUCUCGUGUUUUUGCUGCCGUUGACACGAACGGAGCAGCUUCGGUUCAUGGAGCUCCUGCCUCCAGAGUCACAGGCAAUGAUGACGAAGCCCGGCAUGGUGUCGUUCUUGCCAGCUGCCCUGCAGCAAGUGCUACUGCCGAACGAAGACCGUGACAAUACCCGUGGGGGCAGCAAAGAACGCGGGAGGAGCGACGGUACGCUCGAGACGGAACUGGCUGUGCUGGAAACGACCGAAACGUGUGAGCCCACGUUUGCGAUGGAGAUGUGUGACGUCUCGAGACGUGUGUCGGGAUCCAGUGCGGGAUUCGACUUUCACCGGCCGGAUGUCGUUGUCCGUGUCCGUCCGCCGCCUUCGCCAGUGCAACUUUUAUACGAGAUGGUGGCAUCCCGAAUGCAAAACAAGUGCGAAGAGCUAGUAACGAUGCCGAGCUCGAGGACGUUGAACCGCACGGCUGCAGUGUCGAGUGCACUGUUGGUGAUGCAGCUAUACGCGUCGCGAAAGAGUCGAAAGGUGUUUCUGACGUUUGUGCAGUUUGUAGCUGCGUCGGCAUUGAGCUCGGUUGCUUGUUGUACGCUUUUCCUGCGCUUCGUCCAGCUCCUGGAUCUACGAUGGAAUUUAGUCCACACGAUGUCGCUCCUGCGUUAUGCACGGCCAUACUUGCUACGUAGCGCAAACAGUGGAACAGCGCAAAUCGGUAGUCAGCCAUCUCACGAAGGUUCUAUGACGAUUCGCGAAGCUGCUACUUCUGUUUCGGUAGUGGUUGCUGCUCUAUACGUUCUUCGUAAACUACGGCGCUGA